AUGAGUGAAUCUCAUACUUAUGCCAGUGAACAAGUAAAGUCUCGUGCUUCUAGACAAUGGCAAAAGAGAACAUGUGCAACAACUACAAGCCAACGUGGAGAAAACCCAUCUCCAUUUGUCCUUGCCAGAUCCAUUGCUAUAGCCAUGGGGAUUCGUUUCAUUGGAAUGGUAAUAAUAUGCAGUGCCAUGAUCAUAACUUCAUUAUUCAACCAAGAAGCUCCAAUUUCUUUGAAAGAAAAUUACUGUGGUCCAUGUCCUAAAAACUGGAUAUGUUAUAGAAAUAACUGCUACCAAUUUUUUAAUGAGAGCAAAAACUGGUACCAGAGCCAAGCUUCUUGUAUGUCUCAAAAUUCCAGUCUCCUGAAGAUAUACAACAAAGAUGACCAGGAUUUCUUUAAAUUGGUGAAGUCGUAUCAUUGGAUGGGACUAGUACAAGUUUCCACAAACGGUUCCUGGCAGUGGGAAGAUGGCUCCAUUCUCUUGCCCAACCUACUAACAGUGGUUGAAAUGCAGAAUGGAACCUGUGCAGUCUAUGGCUCAAGUUUUAAAGCUUAUACAGAAAAUUGCUUAACUCCAAACACAUACAUCUGCAUGCAGAGAACUGUGUAA